AUGUAUCAAGUCUAUUUUGCAGCCUUGGCACUCUAUUCCUUUGUAGGAGCACCACUGGCUUAUCAUUAUGCUAAAGAAACCGAAGUUGCACAUUUGACACUUCGAUUUUCGGCGAAAGAUCGACUCUAUGCUGCUGCAAAACGCACGGCAUGCUUUUUACUGGGACUAUCGCUGUUGUUACUCAUGUCUAUGGUCGUGCUACUAUGUGGCAAACCUGCUAGCUCUGAUAUUGAUUGGUUAAGACCAUUGCUCCGAUUUUCAUCGGAUCUAGAGACUUUUCUACGACUGGUAGUAGGAAUUUUGGUACUUACAGGGAUAUACAUCUGGUUGGUCGUGUGCAGCAGAGGACUUGCGAGUGUGCCGCUGGUUGGCUUGUUAAUGGAAGAUCACAGUAUUGACGAAAACAUGGCGACAUUUGAAGAUUUAUUGCAGGAGAAUGCAAUCGAAACACAAGCAACAAAACAGACAAGAGAAGCAAUUCUGCAGCGAUAUGCUGUUGAACAGCAAAUGAGUGGUGCGGAUCAAGAACGAUUGUUGCAACUAAAGACGCGUGAACAGCUUCUUGAAGAACGUCGAGAUGUGCUACACGCAAACCUAAAGAAAUUUGCGCUGACUGGAAAACUGUCUUGCUGGAAAAUUCCAGUUGGUGUGACCUUGAUGAUAGUAUCGCUACUGAUCGUGAUAUCUAUGCUCAUCACUAGCAUCGACAAGAUAGCACACUCCAACUUCGACCGGGGAUUUCUUUUGAAUGCACCUGAGUUUCCGAAUCCAAUGGACCUACUGCUAGUACUAGCAUCGCGCGUCUUUCCGCUGGAUUAUGUGGUCUUUGCAGUGCUGUUUGUGUACUUGUUUACGAUUUCGUUGAUAGUGCUCAAGCGCCACGGUCUGCAGUUCCUGUGUUUUCGACUUGGACGAUUGCAGCCGCGACUUACGUCCGCUGCUACGAUGACUAUGCUUUCUCUUGUGCUAAUGCAAGUUGCAAUGGUAGGGCUUUUUGCACUGCUUACACUGGCGCCGCAGUAUUCCACGUUUGGUCACCAAAUGUUCGCUGAUAAAUCUGGACGCGUUAUUCCCUGCACAUUGGAGGAAGCAGCCAAUGCCGCUGCAGCUGCAGCCAAGUCGGGUAGGCCGCCCACUCAUUGCCGGACGACGCAGCUGGCACGAUUUUACAAUGCACUUGCAGUUGAGAUACCCAUGUUUGGUACAGCCUUUUUUGCUGGCCAAUUCAUAUUUGCCGCUGCUUUCGUGCCCUGGAUCGCACAUGCCUAUUGCAUGGCAAAGAAGCUUGAUGAUCAUGUUGACCCCAAGCGCCAGCGACUACUUGACGACUACUAA